AUGAGCGAGUUCAAGUCGACCCAGUACUUCCAGCAGAUUGCCGACGGCAUCAACAACUUCUCGGACGCCGAGAAGAAGGACCUCCAGAAGAAGACCAACGCUGUCUUCGAGUUCCACAUUAAGAACUCGGCUGGUAAGGAGCUUGUCCAGACCAUCGACCUGAAGAAGGAUGUUGCCACCUACGAGGGCAAGGCUAAGGGCAAGGCUGACUGCAUUAUCACCCUGGCUGAUGACACCUUCGCCGACCUUGCCGAUGGUAAGGUGAACGGCCAGAAGGCGUUCAUGGGCGGUAAGCUCAAGGUUAAGGGCAACAUCAUGCUCGCUACCAAGCUCGACGGUGUCCUCAAGGCCCAGAAGGCUAAGGCGUAA